GGAACCUUCGAUUUGGGUGCAUCGCUAUUUGGAACGAAAAUGAGCGACGAUGGAUGGGGUGAUGCCCCGGGAGGCAUGACUAAAGAUGACUGGAAUUACUCACCCACCAAGAAGAUGGACUUUGACGAGAGACCUGAAGCCAGUUCUGAACGCAAGGACGAUGACGGUUUUGCUACCGGUGGAUUUGGCGGAGGUGACACUGGCUUCAGACGAGGCGGUUUAACUCGCGGGACAGCUCCGAGGGGGCGAGGAGGAUUCGGAGGAAAUUCGGGAUUUGGUGCCAGCAGUCGUGCUGAAUCUGAUCACUGGCCCAGGAAAAACUCGGGCUAUGGAGGAAGUGAUUUCGACAAGAAAGACGGUGAUAGAGAUCAUGACGAUGGUAAAUCUGGAUUUGGGAAUUCCGGCUUUGGAAGCAGUGGAUUUGGAAGUUCUGGGUUUGGAAAAUCUGGCUUUGGAAACUCUGAUUUUGGAUCGGGAGCGAGUUCAGGUUUUGGACACGGCGGAAAUGGGGGAGGCGCUUGCUACAAUUGCGGCGAAGAAGGACAUCAGUCACGCGAUUGCCCCCAGCCCAGGAAAUCUCGAGGUAAGCUUCUGGAAUGCAACCAGUUCCAGGAUCAUUGA